UUCCGCGAAGGGGCAGGGCGGGGUCACGAAGUGGGCGCUGUGCCCGUGGGCGGGGCUUUCCCGAAGGGGCAAGGCCCGCGCAUCCAGAAUCGGGGCCGGCAGAGGGUUAAGGCCCACUGGGAGGAAGCCCAGGGUAUUGGGGUCAGCAUGGCAUUAACCUAGCUCAAGCCAGGCCGGGCUGACUCAGCACCCUGUCCUGGCCAUCCGUCAUCCCCGACGGCUCUGCACUCUCCCCUCGGGCAGAGAUGGGAGAUGGCGCCGGUGCUGCCCCUGGUGCUGCCCCUCCAGGCCCGCAUCCGUCUGGCGCAAGGGCUCUGGCUCCUCUCCUGGCUGCUGGCAUUAGCCAGCGGCCUCACCCUGGUCUCUAGUGGGCACCUCCUGGCCCAGCUGAGGCACCUGGGCACUUUCCUGGCCCCCUCCUGUCGGUUCCCUGCCUUGCCGCAGGCCGCCUUGGCGGCGGGGGCGGUGGCUCUGGGCACCGGGCUGGGGGCGGCAGGAGCCAGCCGGGCGAGUCUGGAUGCGGCUCGGUUCCCUCCCUGGCGAGGCGUCCUGGGCCCGCUGCUGGCGGCUGGCACAGCUGGGGGCGGAGGGCUUCUGAUCCUUGCCCUGGGGCUAGCCCUGGGUUUGCCUAUGAGUCUGGACCAGGGGCUGGAGGAAGGGCUGGGGAUCGCCCUGGCUCACUACAAGGACACUGAGGUGCCUGGGCGCUGUCAGGCCAAGCGACUGAUGGAUGAGCUGCAGUUGAAGCAUCAUUGCUGCGGGCGCCAUGGCUACAAGGAUUGGUUUGGGGUCCAGUGGGUCAGCAGCCGUUACCUGGACCCCAAUGACCAGGAUGUGGUUGACCGGAUCCAGAGCAAUGUGGAAGGCCUGUACCUGACCGAUGGGGUCCCUUUCUCGUGCUGCAACCCCCACUCGCCCCGGCCUUGCCUGCAAAGCCGACUCUCAGACCCUUACGCCCACCCUCUCUUCGAUCCCCGACAACGCAACCUAAACCUUUGGGCCCAAGGGUGCCACGAGGUGCUGCUGGGACACCUGCAGGACUUGUCUAGCACGCUGGGCAGCAUGCUGGCUGUCACAUUCCUGCUGCAGGCUCUGGUGCUUCUUGGCCUGAGGUAUCUGCAGACAGCGCUGGAGGGGCUUGGAGGGGUCAUUGAUGGGGAAGGAGAAACCCAGGGUUACCUCCUCCCCGGUGGGCUGAAAGACAUGCUGAAAACAGCGUGGCUGCCAGGAGGGGGUACCCACAAACCAGCGCCUGAGGAAGCCCCACCAGAAGACGACCCUCCCAAGGAAGAUCAGCCAGAGGAGGCCUAGCAACCUGCAGUUGGGAUGGGGCACAGGGGCAGAGGAAGAGGAAGGGAUGGACAAACGUGGGGAAAUUCAAGGUCUUGAGCUCUCCCUUGGCUUUUUUGCUUAAG